ACACAUCGCGGGUGAGGCUUGUGACGAGCGCUGGUGUCUCUGCGAUCGAUUGAGGAUGCCUUGGCAGAGCCGUGAACCUCCCCAUUGAUUGAUCUCCACACUCCCCGCUGACCAGAGAAAACACUCGAUAGCGAAGACGAGAGGGGCUUUAAACCUGAUAAAUACUGCCCUCGUUACUUGACGGGGAAGGUCGGGGAGGUAAUCUGCUACUUCAAUUGUCUAACGACCAAACCUAACAUGGAUACAGCGCGACGUUAGCUAGCUCGUAAUGUCGGCACUGUUGGACUUGUUUUCCCCUCUAGACUCCGCUUCCUGUUAGCUUUGAGCUAGCUGCUGAUGCUAAUGAACGAGCAGGUAUAGUCAGACCUGAGGGGUCCUCCACUGUGUCACUCCACAUGUCGCAAUUCAGAGGGGCUUUAAUCACAAAUAUGUGCUGGUAAUAACUCAUAACUGGCCAGCUUGCAGGGCUGCAGGUUUCCUUUAGUUUGCUAACAGAAAGCCAUCUUGUGUUGAGGGUUUAAGUCUUCAACUUAACCAGCGACAGUGAUAACUUGGUUUACGUGAUAAUAUACACGUCGGCAAUGAGCUGGUUUAUGACUUAAAUGUACUUUUAUUUGACUGUGAAAAGACAGUAAAGAUCAGACGCCAAAACUUCCAGAAAAUGUGCAUAUUUCCUUAAUGUUUUGUUAAACUGCAGGCUGAUAUUAUUAUAUUAUUAUUGACAUCUGUAUAUGCUGGUGUGUGAGUGGUGACUUGAGAUAACGUGUGGAUGGAGACGGGGCUCCUGCUUGUCUUCAGGUGUCUCAUCUCGGAUCAAAACAAGCUGUAAAUGCCUCAGAAAACAGGUCGUCAUCAGAGGUAACCAGGCGGACAGAGACAGCAGGGACAGCAGGGAGGCUUGCUGCCUGUUUCUCCCUCCAGCCCCCCGCCAUCAUCACGUCCCUGCACCGCCGCCCUCCGCAGACAUGGACCCCCCGAGGACCAGGUCUCGGUCUCGGUCCGGUUUCUAUCAUUUCGGCAUGAGCGGCAACGUCGGGAGCAACGGAGGAGGAGGAGGAGGAGGAGGAGGCGGCGGCGGCUCCGCGGUCGGUAACGGGAGCAUGAUGAUGAACGCCGGCGGGGGAGCGGUGGGCUACCCGCAGCAGAGCAACCCGGGCUGGGCGCCGCACCGGGGGGGGUCGGGAGCUACCCGGAGACAGCAGCAGCACGCCCAGGGGAGCUACCUGUCCGCGGGGGCGCAGCGCCACUCUGCGCACGGAGCUCACAGACACCCCGGGGCCGGAGGAGUGCUACAUUUUCAUCCAGAUAAUGUGUGCAGCGAGGAUCGGGACAAAAUGGAAGACAGCCCAAGCCCGAAGAGGCAGCGUCUUUCCCAGCAGGCCAUGUUGGAUCUUAACUCCGCCCCUCCCUCUACUCCUUCCUCUCCCAUUCGGCCCUGGGAGUUGCCUCCCAGUCGUAGACCACACCCCCACUACAUGCCAGAGAGAUGCCACACGCCUGUUCGCAACCGACGCAGCCCGCCAAUGAGACGCCAGCGCGGCCGGAGAGACCGUCUGGCCCGCCACCACCACCACUCCCACAACAACCACCACCACUACAACAGCAACAACAACAACAACCACCACCACCACCAUCACCACCCCAACGCCCACCAUCAUCAUCACCACCACCACCUGCACUCCCACCACGGCCCGUCGCCAGGCCACCAGGACGAGAACUACCGUCACCCGGCUCCCCCUCAGGGCUACCCACCCUUCGGCCAGCAACCUCCCCGGGGGCUGGGCCCUGGGCUUGAUGAGCGUCCAGGUCACCAUGUCCCGAAUCCCUCACCUAGGCCACUCCACCAGUCACCGAACCUGUCUCCCAGGCUGAUGCACCCUGCGGCCCAUCCACAGCACCCACACCCCCACCCCCACCCCCACCCCCACCCACACCCAUCCCAGCAGAGCAGUGUGAUGCUGGACCUCCAUGAGCAGGGUGCAGCUCCGGUAUCGUAUUCUGUGUCUCCUCCGGGGGCGCCACCAGGCCUGCCGCCUCGCUCCACUCCUCAGCAGAUCCCAGCAUGCUCAGUAGUCUUCAGUGGACAGCACUAUCCCGUCUGCAGUGUCCCUCCUCCUGUCCUUCAGACUUGUUCUGUGCAGCACUUACCCAUGCCUUACCCGUUCCCAUCAUUGCUGUCCAGUGACCCAGCCUUCCUCCUUCCCCCUCAUCACCUCCCUCACCCCCCAGCACACCUUUCCCACCACCCACCCCACAUGCCACAGCCUGGACAGUUUGGACCCUAUCCGACGCAGCAGGCCAGAUCGCCGUUACAGAGGAUAGAGAAUGACGUGGAGAUUCUUGGAGAACACCUGUCUUUAGGUGCUGGGCUCCACUAUCCUCCGGCCACCCACCCUGCCCUCACACCACACUCCACCCAGCUUCACUUUCUCUCCCAUGAUCCCCUGCCACAAGAAUUCUUCGGAGUGUCCUAUCCAAACUUUAUUCCUCGGCGUCUCCCGGGGCGACGGUACCGAUCACAACAGCCACUGCCACCUUCGCCUUACCACCCCAGCCUCCUGCCUUACUUCCUUUCAAUGCUGCCAGUCCAGCCCACAGGUCCUGCUAUCAGUCUAGAGCUGGAUGUAGACGAUGGAGAAGUUGAAAAUUAUGAGGCCCUGUUAAACCUCGCUGAACGCCUGGGUGAGGCCAAACUCCGAGGACUGACCAAGGGAGACAUCGAACAGCUUCCUUCCUAUCGGUUCAAUCCAAAUAACCAUCAGUCUGAACAAACACUGUGUGUGGUGUGUAUGAGUGAUUUUGAGUCCCGCCAACUGCUGCGAGUCCUGCCCUGCAGCCAUGAGUUCCACGGGAAGUGUGUCGACAAGUGGCUAAGGGCCAACAGGACAUGUCCCAUUUGUCGGGCCGACGCCUCAGAGGUCCAGAGAGACUCAGAGUGACCACAUGAGGGAGCCAGAUGCUCCUGAUUGUCUGUCAAACACAUUCAGCACUACCUGCUCCAGAUAUAUUGAUACACAUGUACGUGCUUUCACACACCCACACAUGCACACACACACACCACUCCUUGUGUUUUCGUGCAGCGAUUUCUGCUUGUUUGUUAUCCUUUCCAUCUUUAUCCCUUCUCCCUUACAUUUGAUCUGAUCAGAUUCCCUCUUCGUUAUUUUACUGUCUGUUCACAUGAAUGCAAGCUCUCACAUCUUUUAGUGAACUUCACCCUGCCUGACCACUAUUCUGGUGUGGUGUGGAUCCGCGUGUGUGUGUACACGUGCGUGCGCGCGUGUGUGUGUGUGUAUACACGUGCAUGCACCACAACUGUGCAAGUGUUGUUAGGUCAGCCCUGUAAUGCCGGGCUGUGGUACAUGUGGGGGUGGGUGUGUAUGUGUGUGUGUAUGUGUGUGUGUGUGUGUGUGAGAGAGAGAGAUAUUUUUCGAUGUCCUGGAGCAUGCCUGAGUUUCUGUUGUGUGUCAGACAAGGGUAACGACAUGGGAGCGUUUUUGCUCUCAUGAGUGACUGACUCUAUUUCCUGUUUGUACGUUCAUGCACUGUCUGUCUGUAUGCAUACUCUGUGUGUAUGUAUGUUUAUAGACUUAAAUCCUUUUCUCUAGUUUGACACUAAGGGUCCAUGCUGCCACUAUAUUUCUCGGUUGCCUAUUUGAUCCAUUUGUUUCAGUAGAUGAUUAUUGUUACUAUUGUUGUUGUUAUUAUUAUUAUUAUUAUUACUCAACCAUUAUAAGCGAUUGUUUUCCUGCCUGGCAGUUACCUCAUCAUUCCGGUUUUGAUCAUCUUUCAUUACAAGCGCUUCACAGCACUACUUUAAAGUUAAGCACAUUAUAUACUUUUCUUUUCCUUUCUUUUCUUAGUAAAAAUAAGUUUGUCUGUGACUUUGCGGUGGCACAUGUGUUACAUAUAUACAUAUAUCUAUAUAUACUGUAUAAAUCUAUGAAUAUCUGUAUACCAAAUAAAAUGCUUGAUAUAAACUUUUUAAACUGAGCAUU